AAUAGAUGGCAGCACCCGUAGCAAAUAUGGUAACGUUAUGGUUAUUCCUUGAGCUAAUAAAAAAUCUUGCCACUAAUCAUUAGAAAUGGCAUAAAAAUGUUAUCCGAUAUUAGUAACUUGUGAUAAUAAAGUUUUGUGAUAAAUCUAAAAUAUAUCGUGUGUGAAAUGUGCGGGAGAAUAUUAUUUUCCCAGAGUGAUCGCCGCAGAAACAAAUGACUCAUAUUAUUAUAACGACAGCAGCUUACUAAUAAUGAUGUGACAGCGUUGUAAAAAAUCAGCUUUUUGUUUUAUUUUUGAAGCAUGUCGAUAAAAUUUUCGCUUGUACCUUGUGAGGAUGAUCGAAAGUGUUUCGAAGAGGGCAUUUAGCGGUUCCAGUGGUACUUAUAAUGUUCACGCUUUAGAACUGGCUGCAGCAAGGGAACGUAAGCUGAAAGGGCUCAAUGUAACAGUACGCUUUCUGGACGACACUGAACACGUUUUCCAUGUAGAGAAACGUGCCAAAGGUGCCGUCCUUUUGGAACAUGUCUACCAACAUCUUGAGUUGGUGGAAAAGGAUUACUUUGGACUGCAGUUCUCUGAGAAUGGGUGUCCACAUGGGAACAGAAGCUCCGAAUGGAUGCGCUGGUUAGAUCCGUCCAAAUCAUUGAAGAAGCAACUGGGCAACUGCCAAUACCCGUUACAUUUUAGGGUGAAAUUCUACGUAUCCGAUCCAAGCAAGCUGUUAGAGGAGUAUACACGGUAUCAGUUUUACUUACAAUUGAGGAAGGACAUUUUGGAGGAACGACUUGUUCUGCCUGCAAGCACUUCCAUACUUUUAGCUAGUUAUACAGUACAAUCUGAAUUAGGUGAUUAUAAUCCUGAAGAACAUGGACCAGAUUAUUUAUCUCAUAUGCAACUGAUUCCUGGUCAGACAGAAGAGAUGGAAAGGAAGAUAUGUGAAUUGCAUAAAUUACAUAAAGGACAAUUACCUGCCGAUGCCGAAUUUAACUUCCUAGAUCACGCCAAGCGAAUCGAAAUGUACGGUGUCGAUUUGCACAGAGCAAAAGACAACGCCGGCAAAGAAAUUCAACUGGGCGUAACCCAUUUGGGAUUGGUCGUCUUUCAAAAUAAUAUUAGAAUCACCGUUUUUUCCUGGUCCAAAAUCAUUAAGAUAUCGUUCAAAAGGAAACAGUUUUUUAUACAACUUAGGAGAGAACCGUCUGAGUCAUAUGACACACUACUCGGCCUUAACAUGGAAACCUACAGGUCAUCGAAAACCCUGUGGAAAUCUUGCGUAGAACACCACACCUUCUUUAGGCUGCAUUCGCCUCGCGUGAAAAGGAGGUUUCCACUCUCUUUAGGUUCUAAAUUCACGUACUCUGGCCGUACCGAGUUCCAGACCAUGUCGGAGGUCAGGCAACGCGGGAUACUGGAAAGGAAGUUUGUUAGAUCGCCUAGCAAACAACUGAUCAAACAACCAACUCCGGCUCCUCCAAUAGAAGACAAGGGGAAGUUUUUGACAGCUCCUGCCAGGCCUCCUGGUCCCUACGCUAACAAAGUUACCUCACUGGGCACCAAGGAGCCUAAGAAAGCGUGGACCGAAGAUUCACGCAUAUCUGAUGAUGAUGGCGGCUUCCUGGAGCGCACCCUGGAGACCCCCUAUUCUCCCGGCGUGGCGGGCAGAGUGAUGAGCUACGCAGAUGACGAACCCCCAUCGCCAACAUUGAACGGUCUGUACGACAUCGCUACUAGUGCGCCAUCUACCGUUAAUCAAUCGCAAUCCACAGAUUCGAACGGCAAUGUAGUCACUGUAGUACUCCAUCCUGACGGGGAGGGAAAGUACGGGUUUAGCGUUAAAGGCGGAACUGAUACGAACGUGCCAAUAUUAGUAUCUAGAGUAGCGCCUAACACCCCAGCGGAUAAAUGUACGCCCAGACUGUCAGAAGGCGACCAGUUGCACCAGAUCAACGGCCAGGAUGUGUCGCACGCCCUGCAUCAGGACGUGGUCAGGCUCAUCCAGGAGGCCAGGUCGAAAAGUUCAGGAAAACUCUUCCUCACUGUUAAACCAACCGUACUGCUCCAAGAUUCCCCAGAACCCGAAGAACAGUACGACUUUUCGAUACCGGGAGAAGCACUACGCAAAAGCAUGCAAACUCUGGCCGAGGGACUGGCCAGCGGAGCUCUAUUGGCCAGAUACGAAACUCUCUACAGAAAACACCCAGAUAUGCCGUGUGACGAAGCCAUGAAAGCACAGAACCUGCCUAAGAAUCGUUAUAGAGACAUAUCGCCUUACGAUUCGACCCGUGUGGUACUGUUGAACGCCCCUGGGGGCAACGACUAUAUCAACGCCAAUUACGUGACUAUGUGUGAAGGGGGCAUUAGCAAUCGAUACAUUGCGACACAGGGACCAUUGCCGAAUACCGUUGAUGAUUUCUGGCAGAUGAUACUCGAACAGGAUUGCGAUCUAAUUGUGAUGGUAACGACAUUAUCCGAAAGAGGACGACCGAAAUGUCACAAGUACUGGCCCGAUUUGGGCGAAGAGAUGGCGUUGCACAAUGUCCUUGUCAAGACCGAAACAGAGGAGUUAGAUGAGACUGGAGGUGUUCACUUCAGAGAAUUUAUCCUGGUGGACGUACAGACGUGCGACCAACGUCGAAUCCGCCACCUCCAGUACACAGCCUGGCCGGACCACGGCGUUCCCGACUCGCCCGCCGCCUUCCUUCAAUUCGUCGAACGAGUGCGCGAAGCGAGACGCACUGGCGCAUCUGAUGCGCCUCUGGUGGUGCACUGCAGUGCGGGCAUCGGCCGAACGGGCGUUCUGGUGCUCGCGGAGACCGCCCUGUGCGCUAUAGAGAGGGGGAGGCCGGUCAGACCGCUGGAGAUGGUCAGGAGUAUGAGAAGGCAGCGGGCCAUGAUGAUACAGAAUGCUAGUCAAUAUCGAUUUGUUUGCGAAAGCGUCCACGCAGCCUAUACGAAAAUAAUCGCCGAAGAAGAAGAGGGAACGUGAAAUCGGAUUCGCCUAAAACUGUUUUGUUGAGUUUAUAUCAUAUUCGAUACGAAAAAAUAUCUUUUAAGAUUUUCUGACUGGUGGGUAGACAACCGCUCGCUGUCAAUCAAAACUGUGCAUAUUGUGAUCAUGGAGCCUUAACAAGUAAGCGUUUUAAACACCUUGUUGCCUUAAUUUGAAGUCCAAAAUGGCAACGUCGCAGUUUUGGGCUUUGAAGGCAUUGGGAUAUCCAAUAAACGUACUGCAGGUAUGCAUUCUUCACACUCGAGACUUGUCGAGAAAUACUAAUUUUUGGUAAAAAAAUGGAAAGUUAAACGAAUCGAUAUCAAAUUAUAUCUACGUACAUGUAUAAGUAAUAAAAUUUCCAGAUUUUUUGUAGUACUUUGUAAAUUACUAAUAUUACUGUUGAGAACAAUGACGAGAAAAUUGAGUUGGACAUUGUUAUGACUUGUGCGGGGUGUACAAGAUUUAAAUUAAUUUGUACUACUAUUUUUAAGAUGUAUAAGGAUUCUUCAAAAUGUUUUUUUUUCAGCUUAUAGCACACAUUUUUAGUAAAUUUAAUGUUUUUUGCAGAACAAAUUUGUGAUUAAAGAACAAUUUUGUGGGAUAUUUGAUGAACGCACUCUCCUUGAAGAUACCCAACAUUAUGCUAUACUCCCGCGUCCAAAAUUAUCCAGAUUAAGAUACCGUAGCGCCACCUAUGCGAAUUUGUUACAGCCAUUUUUUUCCUCUACACUAAUUAGAAGUCUACUUAGUGGAUAGUGUCUCAUCUGCCAACUAUAUUAGCAUAUAUUAUAUAUUUUACUACAACGCCAUCUAUGAGUCACUAUGCUUUUCAGAGUUCUAAUUAGUGUGGAGAGGAGACGUAUAGCUGUAACAAAUUCUUAUAGGUGACGCUACGGUAUCUCAUUUCAAUUUAGAUAGUUUGCUGGAUGCGGGAUAAAGCAUUAGGUUGUGUAUCUCCAGGUAAUAUAUGUUGAUCAAUGGUUAUUUGUACUGGAUGAGUUCGUCAAAAAAUGGAUUUUUUGUUAUAGCUAAACAUGCAUCUACUAUAAAGUAAUCAAUCUUGUACACUCUGAAUGUGAGAAUACUUGAAAACAGUUCCUUCAAACUGAUGCAUUGUUUUCAUACUCCUGAAGUCCAAAAUUGGAAUGAAAUAUAUAUCUUCAACUUUUCAUGAAUGUAACACUCAUACUUUGAUAAUACAUAUACUAAAUAAUUUUUACCAAUUUUCUUAAAGGUACCCUAUAGAACAAAAUAAAAAUAAUGUAUCUGAUAGGAAUGGCUUUUUGAAAAACUCCAAACAUUCAUAAGGUUUGACAUGUAUAUAUGGAGUUAGCAUACUUCUUGUGAGAUGUUUUCAAGUCUACUGCAAGUUGUUCUACAUGAAUAUAGAUACUAAAAACCCACAAAAUGUGUCUUGAAAAUAGAUGCAUUCAUAUGGUCCCACACCCCCAUGGUUGUAUCUCUUGAAGAUUUUUUCUGAACUAGGCAUUAAGCAGUUCUUGUAAAUAUCAAAAUAAGGAAGAAUACAUUGAAUUCCACCCAAUUUUUUGAAGGAACCUUACUAGCCUUAGUAAACUGAAGGAUGGUUUACAAACUUGCUCCCAAGCCAAGUAUUUUUCUUGGUAUUGUCUCUGUGUAAAUAAGGCUUUCCCAUAUUUGUAUUGCUAUUAUUAUCAGGUACAAAUCGGGUACAGUCUUCCAUUAUAUUAUUUAGUAAAUGUAUGAUCAAAAAGUCAUACAGGUUAGUUUUUCAUGAGAAAUAGUCUUAAGUAAAAAAGAUACGUUUUGUGGAAUGUUAAUGUUUUGUAGAUUCACUGUUAAUGUCAUUUGUGCAUAAUGAUACAUAAUUUAUUUUUUGUGUAUUAUGAAAGGCUAAUUUUUUACAGUCAAUUAAAAUACGUUUGACCUUUGCUAAUAAAAAAUCGUAUUUUGAAUAUCCUUUUAUAGAGUGCAUGUUUUUAGAGUGAAAAUUUGGCGAAAAUCCUAUGGUUUGUUUACACUAAAACUAUUUUUUAGAAUAAGUACAAAUAGUUAUGGUUUUACCAUUACUUUUGCAAUUUGUUGAAUUUCGAUGACCCUGCAAGUCAGUUACGUUUCAUUAUUUUCAAAUAUAGACUUCAGUGUACCUUUAAAAAUGUUUUUAUUUUUGAUCUUAAAGUUUUAAAGUAUAUCACUUUAACAUAAUGAAAUUAUGUAAUAAUAAAAGUACAUAUAUGUA